UUAUUAUCAAUUGAAUCAUACCGCACUUUUACUUUACUAAAAUCUAAAAAUAAAAAAUCAUACAAAACAAUAGAUUUUGUCGCCGUUGUUAUUUACGUUUGUUUAAUUUUUAUUUUAAUAAUAAUUUACACGUUUCAGCUGUAAGUAUAAACAUGUACCAACACUUGAAGGUGUAAAGAAAACGGUUGGAAAAAUUCUCAAAAAGUGCAAAUUUAAGUGACAAAAGGAGAUGUGAACUAAUGGUGAUUAUUUUAAAACCAAAUAAAAAAAUACCAAGCUUGAAUCAGUUUACUUCAUUAAAAAUGCGAAUAGAUAAAAUCACAAUCAGUUUAAUAGUGAAACAUGACAGACAUGUUUGAAAUUCGAUAAUAAAAAGUGUUAAGAAAUUGAAAUCAAAUAUCAUAUCUUAAUUUGUAACAAUAAUUAAUAAAUUAUAACUCAGUAUAAAACAGAAUUAAAUCAAAUAAUAAAAUUAACAUGUCGAUCCAUUCAUCGCGAUCAUUAGUCACAUCACCUCUUGCGGCAACGGAGCCAAUAGAGCAGACUCAGAUGUUACGAGAGGGUCUCAUAUCACCAAAGCCCAAGCAAAUAGUUUUUACUACUAAAUCAGAUCGAUCACCAGCACAGAAAACAAAAAACUUUUUACGAAAACGGAUCUGUAUAUUAAAUUGGAUCGGCAAGUACAAUGUAGAAUGGGGUAUAAAUGAUGCCAUUGCUGGGAUUACAUUGGGCUUAACAAUUAUACCCGAAAGUAUCGCCUGUGCUCUUCUGGCCGGAUUGCCGGCUCGUUAUGGUUUAUGCUCCGCCUUUAUUGGCUGCUUUAUUUAUUUAUUCUUUGGUUCAAUUGAUAAAGUCAUUAUUGGACCUACCAGUCUCGUUGCUCUGGUGAGUGUGCAAUUCACUGUGGGCAAACCAAUAGAAUUUGCUUUUAUCUUAACAUUCUUGAGCGGUAUAGUACAAUUGAUUAUGUCAGCACUUCAAAUGGGUUUUAUUUUUGAAUUUAUUUCGACACCAGUUAUUAAGGCAUUUUCUUCUGCAACUGCUAUUUUGGUGAUUGAAUCUCAGAUAAAAGUGCUUUUGGGCAUUAAGUACUUAGUGGCUGGUUUCAUAGAAUCAGUUAAAACACUCUCGAUGAGAUACCAAGAAGCAAAUGUUGGAGAUUUGGUGAUGGGUAUUACUGCUAUAGUGUUUCUGAUUGGAUUUGACUUUUUAGAAAAAAUAAGUUACAAUUCGAAAGUCAGUAAAUUGGGGCGCAUUUGUUGUCGUUAUUUAUCAUUUUCACGCAACACAUUAAUCGUAUUGAUUACAGCGAUAGCAUCUUACAUAUGGAUACAAGUGGAUUCCCAUGUGCCAUAUGCUUUAAGUAAGAAUGCCCUUUCUGGUUUGCCUAAUUUUACGAUCCCAGAUUUUGUCAUUGAGUCCCCAGAAAAGACAUAUAACUUCUGGGACAUAUUGUCGGAACUAAAUGUAGGUAUAAUCGUCAUACCAAUUAUUGGCGUUUUGACCAAUAUUUCUAUAGGAAAAUUAACUCCUAAGGGUAUGGUGAAUACUAAUCAAGAAUUAGUCACAUUGGGUUUAUGUAAUAUAUUUGGCUCCUGUGUCCAGGCUAUGCCGUCUUCUGGUGCCUUUACUCGAUAUGCCAUCAGUACGGCAUGCGGCCUUAAAACUCCAAUGGCCAACUUAUAUUCAGGCAUUGUUGUUUUGCUGGCUCUUAGCUAUUUAAGUCCAUAUUUCAAUUACAUACCUGAAGCAACAUUGGCGGCCGUAUUGAUUUGCUCUUUAUUUACUUUGCUUGAUUUUAAGUUACCUCUGCGUUUGUGGCAUGAAUCGAAGCGAGAUUUUAGUGUAUGGGUAGUGUGUUUCAUCGUUUGUGUAUUAUGUGGUGUGGAAGUCGGUCUAUUUGUUAGCAUCAUUAUCAACGUUCUACAUUUGUUAUUUUUAUGGGCUCGUCCUGAAAUUGCUGUCAAAAUCAAAGAGAUUGACGAUAUGCAGUACAUAUGUGUUACUCCUGGAAAUGGCAUUUAUUUCCCUGCUAUCAAUCAUUUGCGUGCUAAAGUCCUCAAGGCCGCCGCACAAGCUGAAUUCAAAAUACCCGUAGUAAUCGACUGUCAUAAAGUCACAGGUUUAGAUUUUACUGCAGCUCAAGGUUUUGUUAAGCUAGCUAGUGGGCUCCGGUCAGAUACAGAUGAAGAUCAUGGCACACCAGAAGGUGGCAGCAGUGGAGGUGAGGCUUUACUAAUAUUAUAUCGAAUGGAAGUAUCUUUGCAAAGGCUGAUUGACAAUGUAGAUAAUUUGGUGUAUUGUGAGACGGAAGAAAAGAUUCGUGAAUUCCUAACCCAAGAAUCUUUACGCAAUGGCUUUAUCAAUCUCAAGGAGCAUAUAAGGGCCUCCAUUGACUUGGGAUAUAAAAUCGAUGUUGAAUAAUCACUCUAGAAAGCCGAAAACAAAAUUAACAGAAAUUCCUAAAUUAUUUAAAUGUAUCAAAUAAAAGUGUUUUUUAAUAUUUAAAAAAA